AUGACUACCGCCAGCGAUAUCGACGAGUCCUUCACUAAGGCGUUGAACGAAGCAGGCGAACUCUACAACGACGACCGCCUGGACGAAUGUAUCGAAAAAACCCGCGCCCUUCUUGCCAAUGACGCUAUACCACGAUACCACCGUAUGAAAGCGCUCCUCUUAUUGGCUUCAACCCUGGGCGAUUGGUUAGACGCGAGCAACUGUCACACGGAAGCGGAGUCCCUGUGGCGUGUGACUAGGCGCUGGCAUCCAGAGGGCGAGGACGCAGAGCUCGAUAAGUACAUGGACGAUGUACGCGAACAUUUAGACGAAGUGGGUGCCGAUUUGGCGCGAACUGAUCCUGACGCCUACGAUUUCGACGACGACGUGGAUGACAGAAUCGCGGCGCACGAGGAGCACGUGAAGGAUGCGACUGCCGCCAUGAAGACCCUCGAACUACCCGACGAUGAGAUGGAAGUUGAACCACUUGUCGGUGUCCCCGCUACCGAGGUUGCUGCGCUUGCCGAUGUUCCCGCUAUCAAGAUUGCUGCGCCGGCCGAAGGCGGAAGUGGAAUUGCAGAUGGUGAUGAUCCUCAGGCUCUUCAGGGCCAAGGAUGA